CAGUGCAGAAAUCAUUGAUACUGCGAAGGUGCAUUCUCAACUUUUGGCGGGUGAUACCAUUCCGAGGUUUCGAACAAAAAUACAACAUUCCAACAUUGAGAUUAUAAGAUUCCAAAAUGCAGAAGUCUAGUCGACUAAAAAGAGAAUUAAAGCAAUUAUCCGAAUCACCAUCCCAUGGAAUUUCUUGUUGGACAGUUGGCGAAAAUGUUGAUCAAUUAGAAGCAACUAUCAUAGGACAGGAAGGCACCCCUUAUAAUGGAGGAGUUUUCAAGCUUUCAAUAAUAAUUCCUGAAAGGUAUCCUUUUGAACCUCCUCAAGUCAGAUUCAAAACCCCAAUUUACCACCCAAAUAUUGACACAGCUGGCAGAAUCUGUCUUGAUAUACUGAAUAUGCCCCCAAAGGGAGCCUGGAGGCCAGCACAUAACAUCUCAACAUUACUGAAAUCAAUCCAAGUUUUAAUUGCUGACCCAAAUCCUGAUGAUCCACUCAUGGUAGAAAUUUCAUCAGAAUUCAAAUGCAAUCGACAACUGUUUGAUCAAAAAGCCAAGCAGUGGACUCAGAAAUACGCAACAGAAAAUGACCUGAAAGCAAGCAAGCCCCUUGCUGGUCCACCGGAAUCUCACAAGGCAGAACCAGAGGCUGCUGUCAAAUAUGAUAGAAAGGAGCAAGCUUCAAAGAGGCCAGGUGAAACUACUGACACAUCCUUACUGAACAAAAAAAAAUAGAAUUGGUGGCAACCAUUUUGAGCUUUAGCUUUUUGUGACAAAUUACAAUGGUUGAACUUUGUAGUUUCUUUGUCACAUUCACAUUUCAAGUUUCUUGGAAUAUUUAAUUGAUUAGUUCUUAAUAAACUUUUGUAGUUAUUGUCCUUAAUAUCCUUAUGUAGUUAUUAUUUUUCAUGGUUGUGCAUUUUCUAUGAAAUCAUUUGUACAUAUUUUUGAGAUAUAUGUUGGUCUGGAAAAACCAAAAAAGUCAUGUUGCAAACUCAAUGUGUUGUUAUAAAUACCAACGUCAGAACAGAACAUCUUUCAACAUAGAAAGGCUAUUUGGCCAAAAACGUCCAUGAUGAUGAUGCCUAUUCUUUAUGCAGGCUAACUUUAGUGUGAAGGAGUUACCAAGUUGAGACAUCUUUCACUUUUGAGAAAAACAGACUAUUAAGAUUAACCACUCUUUGUUUGUAUACUCUAUGUAUGCCCCCUCCCCGGGUUCUUUUUUAGGGUGCAGAAAAGUUUGCAAAACGUUACGAGUAAGUUCAAAUAAUGUUAACAACCACAGCAUUGAACCAAUAAAGACAUACCUAUGUUUAAGUAUGAGCUUGAUGCACUCAAGAGCUAGUUUCAUUUUACAGAUGUAUUUUUGGCUUAUCUACAUAGACAAAACUACAUACAUUUGUCGCAAAUUACCUCCAUAUACAUUAAGCAUAUUCACAAGAAUAAUAAAACACGCUGAUCAACUGAAACCAGAAAAAUAUAAGCUACACGUGUCAUUACCGAAAAAAUAUUAUCUCAGAGCUGAAACUUGCAAAAAUCUGCCUACUGUCAACUGACAAUCUUUUCAGCAGUUGUCUGUUGGCAUAAAUAACUAAAAAACGCAUUGAUAAUGUUAUUCAUAAAUUGGCUAGCUGCCUAAACAAUUAUGCCUUUUCGAGAUUAAUACAUUUAUAUUUAUGCAGUGCUUGGGUGCUUGGAUAUCUUCUCUAUGUCCAAAAACCAAUUUUAUAUCGUUACCCAGCAAUUAUUGGAAUAAACCUUAUCAUUUUGAGUCUGUGUGCAUUGGUUGAAAAAUCCUAUUAAAAGAGGAAUGGAUGAUCUGUUAAAAUCAUGAAAACAAGGAGUUGAUGUACCGAAAAACAUAGUGUUAUUUGAGCAACUGAAUGUGUAGGAGUACCGUAGGGUCGUUUAUAUAAUAACAUGCAUGCCCAGUUGAAAUUCAACCACCGAUUGACUGAAAAAUUGAAUUUCCAACAUUCGGGAAUGAAGCUUGGGACAAAAAGCACCACUGCAAACAAUUCUAUGAAAGGCCAAUUUAUUAACAGCAAGCAUUCACUUUCUCAAAUCUUUUCAAACAGCUUACGAUUGUGUGCAUUUGUUCAUUAUCUUAUUCGAGAUUAAGUCAUUCUCCACGUGUACCUCAGGUACGAAAAAUUCAAUAGUUUCUAUAUUUAUGUUGUACGGAAACUGAAUUCAUUGAAACGUUCCUAUGUUUCAACUAUUCUCUUUACAAUUGGUGAAAAUAGCUGUAAAAGUAUUUGGUCGCGUAAAAGGGCGUUUGAAUUUAACUUAAAAACAUCCGAUGGUCUCAACACGGGCACGAGUGGCCUAUAUAAUGAAAUCCUGACGUAAAAUCUUGUCACUGGCAACGACUAUCAAAGACAAACAAUAUUGAAAGUGUUCUUUUCAACAAUUCGUAAGAUUGCAAAGACCGUUGUAAGAACUUUAAAACAAGUUAAACAAAGUUUAAAAUUAUUAAAUAAGAAAGUAAUAGAUACUCACUAAAAACAUAUACAUACAGCUUAAGGUCGGCUCCUGGACAAUCGAAGAUAGUAUAUCGAGAAAAAUGUUACAAAUGCCCCUUGAAUCAUCGGGACCCAUCAGUUGCUCUCUUUCGAAAAAAGGAGAGGGGUCGUAGGUUACCAGUGCUUAGCAGGACGGGAGCCUAUUUCUGGAGGUGGUUCCUGGGGCUACUAGAAAUGUAUCACAACAUAACAACGGCAUAACGUAAGAUAAAUAAAACCAGAUGAUUCUUAAGUCACAAUUUAUACGUAUCUUUCUACGGUGCUGAGUAAAUGCAAAGGAAAGUUUUAUUUCAUCUUAAACGUGUGCGAGACUCGAAAUCCAAAGAAAACUUGCUACCUUGCAAAAAUGACCAUAAAAAACAAAGUAAGAUUUCGUUAAAGCCACAUUAUCACGAUUCGGUUAAAACCAUUUUACCAGGCUAGAAUGACCGGUAAUGGAAUAGCAUCUAU